ACUUUAGACGGAGCUAGUAUAAUGUAACGAAGGAAACAAUCACCGCUUCCUCGUCUUACUCUAAUUGACAGUCAUCAGAUGAAACAAAACCCUAAAAAUACUGGAACGAUUCAAAAUCGGAGGCCAUUGAGAACUGCUCCCUGUAUCCGCCUGCAUCUCCCCAUCUCCAGAUUCUCCAGUUUCCAAUCGCUGGUUGCUGCAAGUUUUCCACUCUCCAAUCACUCAAUCAGGUAUGUCGUCGAGAUUCCUUUCUAAGCAGCUCAUACCCACUUUGGGAUUCUUUUAAAUUCUUGAGGUUCAUAUGACUAUUCCUUGAAAUCGUUGAAAAACACUCUUUUUCUUUUUAAUAUAAUCAUCGGAUUUAUCUCCAGCUAUAAUCAUCAGAUUAUAUUUUUAUUUUCUUGACUUCUGUUGUUUCCUCCUCUAUUUGAGUUCUUGUGUGCCUAUUGCAAAAAAAACAAAAAAUUCCCUGUCGAUUUUUUAUUAGCUUCAUUGUCUGUGACUUGAUUAUUCUUAUUUUGCGAGUCCUGAACUGGUUGGAUAACGCUGAUAUUGUUACUCGAGUUAAAGAAAAAAUCUGGGUUCUACUACACGAAUAUCAGUGCCUCAUAGCCAAUUGCAGGCAUCUAGGGCCACGCAAUCUUGGAGCGGGGCUGUAGCAACUCGUAUAAACUCCACUGGGUCUCUUACUGGGUCAUUCUUCUCUAAUUAGGCAUCCCCAUUUACCCAUGCUAUGCUCAGGCUCGAAGCUGAGAAAUAGAGAGGAGUGAAAAUGGAUUUCUCGGAGCAAGAUGUGGAUAUCUUUGGUGAGGAGUAUGAGCAGAAUGAAGAUGGAGAAAAAGGCAGGACGACCCGUGAGUCAUCACCUUCUUCCUCUGGUUCUUCUUCUGCAUCAUCAUCAUCGGCAGCAUCUUCUGCCUCUUCUUCAUCCUCAUCCGAUGGCAGUGAUGGUGGUGACAGUAGCAGUGGUGGUAGUGGGAGUGGUAGUAGCAGUGAAGGGGAAGAUAAUGGUGAAGAAUUGGAUCACAAAUCUCGUGGUUCUGAAGAGAGAGAUCUCUUCGGCUCUGACAAUGAGGAUUAUUGCAAAACUCCUGCUUCCAGCCCGUAUCCGGUCCCCGUAUUGCCUGUCAAUCGCAAUACGAACAAGCCAGCAAGAGGUGCUUUUGGGCGUGGUCAUUGGAAUUCCGAGUAUCAUAAUGGUAGAGGAGCAGGCCUACUUCCUCGACCUGGACCUUAUCCUGGAAGACAUAACCAUGGUUAUGGUUCGAAAUUUUCAAACGGCCGCCAUGAUGAGCGCUUUGUUUCAGAAUUAAAGCUUACAAAGAGUGAAGAGACAUUAUCCAGAAAGUGUAUUGCAUUUCAGGAGCCAUGUGAACUUGCUUGCUACAGUCGCGUGGAAGGUGGAGAUGUCUACUUUGAUGAUCGCAACUUGAGGUUAUUUAAGCGUCUUAUUUCUGAAGAUGUUGGAGCUGACCUAAAUGAAGGUUUCGACACUUUUAUUGAAAAAAAAGAAUUGGGGUCUGAGGGUUUUGGGGAUCUUCUUGCUUGCAUAAGGAACAAAAGUAUUCCGCUACAAAAUAAUAUUCAUUUUGUGACAUUUCGUAACAACCUUAAUAAGAUAUUGGCUACUCCAUAUAUCAGGCAUAAGCCCUGGGAAAUGGGGGUGCACAAGAAAAAUGGGGUUGUAUAUCUUGAUGUGCACAAACUACCAGAAAGGCCACAGAGCGAGCUUGAUCGCCAAAGAUGCUAUUGGGGAUAUUGUUUUGAGAACCUAGCAACUGAAGAUCCCAGGAGAGCAGACGGAGAUGGAAUACAUCAUGUUGAUGCCAAUGUUGAAUACUGUUCGGUACUAAAAACUAAAUUAGGGGCCCAUCGAAUUCUGAUGGGAGCUGAAAUGGAUUGCUGUGAUUCAACUGAUGAUGGAAGGAGGUUCUAUGUAGAGUUAAAGACCAGUCGUGAGUUGGAUUAUCGUACUGAGGAAAGAUUUGAGAGGGAGAGACUGCUGGAAAUUUGGAUCCAAUCAUUCCUGGCAGGUGUUCCAUACAUUGUUAUUGGAUUUAGGGAUGAUAAGGGCCGACUUGUUCGCACAGAGAGACUAAGAACCAAAGAUAUAACACAGAGAGUUAAAAUGAAGAACUAUUGGCAGGGUGGGGUAUGCCUGGCAUUUGCUGAUGAGGUGUUAUGCUGGCUCUAUGGAACAGUCAAAGAAAAUGAAAACUACAUAUUGCAGUUUGUCGCCCCAUUCUCCCGUUUGGAGCUUCUACAAGCCCAAUCUUGCCCGAAUGUAAUUACUGAUCAUUCCGAGCAAUUGUAAGCACUGAAAAGGAGUUCAUCACUAUGCAUACAUGGGUGUUGAAAGAGGAACAGCCUUGAGGGAGUUGAAGGUGAAAGAAGGGAAAAGGUUUAAUUUUUUUUUCUUCUUGUAACCCUUCUCUCUCUCUCUCUUUAAAUUUAUUUAUAUGGAAAAAUUCUCUUCAAUGUAACAAUUGUUGUAAUUCUUGGAGGUGCUUUUCAUCGUAUUACUUAUGUUAAGGCCGAAUUGGCGUUGUUAAAGUGACAAAGGCCAUGCUAGUGAGUUUUCCUGAUGUUUGGAUUAAUGUAAAUGUAUACCUAAUCUGAAGAUGCUUACAAGAGAAAAAAAUAAAAGACACUUUUAUUGGAUCUGUUUUUACAAA